AUGCUCGAAUUUGCCGCAGUCGAACUCGAAAUCGAGGGUUUCUACGAAACUUCGAGCUACUCCACGUACCUGCGGCCGCCGGAGGGAGUCCGUAUUUCGCGACGGACGGUGGAGAUCAACGGGAUCACGAGCGACACGGUGCGCAACGCGCCGAGCUUUGGCGAAGUGGCGGAUAGGAUUUACGAGCUCAUGGACGGCAAGGUGUGGGCGGGGCACAACAUCAGCCGCUUCGACAACGCGCGCAUCCGAGAGGCCUUCAGCAGCCUGGGCCGCGCGCCGCCUGUGCCGGCUGGCGUGGUGGACACGUACGACCUGCUGAGGCGGGAGUUCGGCACGCGAGCUGGCAACAUGAAGAUGGCAUCGCUGGGAGCCUACUGCGGCCUGGGCAUGCAAGUGCAUAGGGCGAUGGAGGACGUGCGGAUGAACAUUGACGUCUUCAAGCAGUGCUCCGCCAUGCUCAUGCUGGAAAUGUGUCACCCUGCCCUCUUCCAGGCACCCUCCACCCCGCCUCGCAGCAAGACACCCCCACGGCCCACCGCCACCGCUGCCGCAGCGGCAGCUGUGAAGGCAGCUGCUGCUUCAGCAGCCGACGCAAACCUGGCUGCUGGUGCCAGCCAUGCCAAGAUGAGGGAGGGAGAUGCGGAGGGGGAACUUGAGGAUGGGGAGGUGGUGGGGGAGGAGGACGAGGACGAGGAGGAAGAAGAGGAGAAAGAGGAGGUAGAGGAGGAGGAAUUGGUGGAGGAGGAAGAGGAAGGAGAGGAUUGUGAUUAUGAGGAAGCAGGAUCGUAUGAAAAAGAGAACCACACAGAGAGCAUGCCUUGGGGCAACUACACAGCGAGACACGAGGGGGCAGAGAGGACAGCAAGACACGAGGGGAGAGAGGACAGCGAGACAAGAGGGGAGGUGGGAGGGGAGGAGAAGCUGGAAACUACCGGGGCAGCUGUGGGCGAGUGCGUGGUGUGUCCGGGGUGGUGGCAGCAGCAGCACGAGCAGCAUCUCAAGGAGGGCGCCCCUUGGCCCAUCGCGUGCGCUCACUUCGACCCCUUCUGGUUGCAGGCCCUGUGCGCGCCUGCGGCUGCUGGCGGCAGUGGGAACGGCAGCAGCAGAGGCAACGGGGACAGCGGGUGGGGGGGAGGCAGGCGGUACAGCUUGAGGGGAGGAAGUGCUCGGGUGUACCCGGAUGGCCUCACGCCACAGUCGACAUCUGAUGCUGCUGCUGGUGGUACUGCUGCUGGUUAUGGUGGUGGUGCGGUGGAGUGUGCACCGGCGCGUGUGCUGUUGCUGUACAACGGGCGGUCGCUGCAUUUUGUAUUGCUCGCGUCAACUCCAGUCUUCUCAAUAUGUCUCGUCCUUCCCUCCUACACUCCCUCAUGCACGAAUCCUUUCCGCUCUCCCUCCUCUCCUCUCUCCGACCCUUCUUCCCACUGCUCCUCGCCUCCUGCCCAUCUCCCACCUCUUCUCCCCUCUUCCUUCCGUCCUCCCGUCCUCGCCCCCACCAGUGUGUCGGACCGCUUUGUCUGGCCAGCCGUCCUUCUUGCUGCUCCUCUUGCCGAUCCUUCUGGCGUUCUCCCUCCUCCCCAUCUUCCCCUCUCUCCCCCUCUCCCGUCCACCAGUGUGUCGGGCCGCUUUGCCUUCGACGAGGCAACGGGCCGCCCGUCCUUCUCGCUGCUCCUCGCCAUCUCGCCCGCCGCUGCUGCCGCCAUCACUGCGUGCUUCGACGCUCUGCUGGCGUGCGUGGGGAGUGGCAGGAGUGGCAGUGGUGAAGUGGAUGCAGGGGUGGAGGGCGCAAGGGAGGAGGAGAGGGGUGGUGGGUGUGGGGAGGAGGUGCGAUUGCCCUUUGUGGCAGCGUGGGAGGAGGAUGACGGCGCGAGAGUGAUCCGCGUCAAGCUGGCAGCUGACGGUGUGAGGGGGAAUGCUGAGUGGCGCACCAAGUUCUUCUCCUGCGCUGCACCGCACACAACCGCUCUCAACACCACCAGCAACAGCAGCAACCAGCAGUCACCACCUGGAUCGCAGAACCUUCACCUGCUCGUGGACCCUCAGCAGCUCCAUCUGCCCGUGGACCCACACAGUGUAGCAGCUGCGCUACCAGCAGGGGCGGUGGUGGACGUGGCCUUCCUCGUUGACUCCUACUGUGUCAACGCCACCAGGGGGCUGCGUUUCGUGGCCGAUGUGAUUGUGGUGAGGGGGUGA